UCCUACAUGCUUAAUCUAUGGAUAAUAAUAAUAAUAAUAAUACAUUGAUAUCUGAACUUAAACUUGACUAAUUAUUUAGUUACCUAAAUCUAUGUACUCUCUUGCUUUGUUUUGUUCCAAUUCAAAUCCGAUUUAAGUGGAUCGCAUCGAUCUGAAAAUAAAAGAAAAAAGAAAGAGCCAAUCGAUCUGCUGUCAAUCUUGGAGAAGUCGUCGAUCGGGCGCUUGCAGCGGAUGCGGCUAUGCCUCUUCCUCUCGUUCUCAGCAAAUGUGGCGCUCCGACCUCGUCCCGUCGUCUGCUAUAAAACGCCCCUCCGAUCCACCCCGUCGCACGCAUCUCUUCCUCGUGGUCUUCAAGAGGGAAGCAGCCGGCAGCCAUAUCCAUCGUGCAAGGCAGCGGAAUGGACCCCUUCGCGCAGGGGCUGUGGGACUCGUCCUCCGCGGCGCCACCGGCGGCGGCGGCGGCCGAGCUCCCCGGCAUGCAGGUCGACUGGAAGGAGACGGGGGAGGUACACGUUAUCAAGGCGGACCUGCCGGGAGUGCGGCGGGAAGAGGUGAAGGUGGAGCUGGAGAGCGGAGGCCGGGUGCUCCAGAUCAGCGGGGAGCGCCGCCGCGAGGUGCAGGAGACGGGCGACACCUGGCGCCAGGUGGAGCGGAGCAGCGGCAGGUUCAUGCGCCGCCUCUCGCUACCGGAAAACGCCAAGGUGGAGGGGGUGAAGGCGUCCAUGGAGCACGGGGUGCUCACCGUAGUGGUUCCCAAGGCGGAGGUCAACCAGCCCCGUAUCGAGUCCGCCCAGAUGACCGGUUGAAGCUAAUCGCUCGACCGUCAUGGAAGCUCAUGCACCAGUUGGCAUCCAAGCGCUUGGUGUCUUCCAUCAUAAUAAACCUUUAUUAUUAUUAUUAUUAUUAUUAUUAUUAUUAUUAUUAUUAUUAUUAUUAUUAUUAUUAUUAUCACCUCACUUGUUUGUAUUUGUUUGGUUACAGAAUGAAUUGUGUUAACCACGUGCAAUGCACGUGCGUUGG